AUGUGGGUUAUUGUAUCUUUUAUAAGGGUUAUUAUAAAUUCUAAUAAAAGUAAAUGUUUAAGAACAUACAAUGCCGCAAAAGUUACAAGAUGUUUUGUUUUAAUUUUAGCAAUUACUGAUUUAGUUGUCUUAAUGACACUUCCUGUCACAAUUGCUAAUGUUCUCCUAAGAUAUUUUCCUCUUGGUUCUUUUUAUUGUCGUCUUCAUACUGCCAUUGAUCAAUCAGGCAAAUUAAUUUCUAUUGUAAUAUUAAUGUGUAUGAGUAUUGAAAGAUAUUUGGUAGUGUGCACAAAAUGGAGGUAUUCUUCAACACGCAAAUUAGCAACAAUUGGUCCAUUAGUAUUUGCUAUUAUUAUAUGUGUAUGCAUUCCAUUAUAUCCACAAAUACGCCAUACACGUAUAAGCUACAUACUAGUACCAAUAAAUGAAACAUCGAAAAUUGAAAAUAAAACAAUAUGUAUUUAUAAUAUUCCACCAGAAUGGGUCACAACAAUUACAAAUUAUAACUUUUUAACAGGAUUUGCAAUACCAUUAACAAUUAUGUCAAUAUGUUAUAUAAUGUUAGUUAAGCAUGUUAAAAAUAAAUUCAAAAGACGAAGUAAGAAUAAAAAUUUUUCAAAUUCUAAUAAUAUAUCUCUUAAUAAUACACCCAAAUAUAUUUUUAAAUUAACAAAUUCCAUACGUCGUAUAGCAAUUUUUCAUUUUUGUUGUUGGGCACCUUUUUGGAUAUACUCAAUAACACCACAAUUAUUAGAUUAUUUUAACAGUAAAUGGAUACUAAGAUCAUCAUGGUAUAAUACAGGACAAUUAGUUGCUAAUAUGCUUCCUUAUGUCAAUUCUGCUGGUAAUUGUAUAUUAUAUGCAUUUUUAAAUCAUGAUGUUCGAAAUAAUAUAACAAAUAAAAGAAACAGUGUUACACAUAGUUAUAAUAAAUUUCCUAAUCAUACAACAAAUCAAAAUCCAUCAACACGAUUUUUAUAA